CACUCCCUCGCUCACCAGAGGAACUAGCGGACCAGGCAAAGCCGAGCCGCACCGCAACCGCGAAGAUCUUGCGUGGCCUCCUUUUCCCAGCUCGUCACUGUGCCGCUCGUGCCCUACACUCCCGGUCCGCCCAACCAAUAAUCCAUCCAUCCAUCCAUCCACCACCACCCCGCUGCGGCGAUGUGCGGCGGCGCCAUCCUCUCGGGUUUCAUCCCGCCGUCCGGGGUGGCGGCGGCGGCGGCGGCGGCCAAGAAGCAGCAGCAGCAGCAGCAGCGGUGCCGUGUGACUGCGGACCUGCUAUGGCCGGGGCCCGGCAGUAAGGGAGCUCCCCAGGACAAGGAGGAGGACUUCGAGGCCGACUUCCGCGAGUUCGAGCGCGGCCUCGGCGAGGAUGACGUGGACAGCGCCGGCGAAGGCGGCGACCCCGAGGUCCAGGAGCUUCCUCCGCCGGAGCCGACGAGGUUUGCCUUCGCCACCGCGGCCAAGGCGGCAGUUGAUGGCGUGAUGACUCCUCCUCCAAAGGAUGUCCAAGGAGAUAGAGCAGUAAAAAAGCGCGGCCGGAAGAACCAGUACAGGGGAAUCAGGCAGCGGCCUUGGGGCAAAUGGGCAGCUGAGAUCAGGGACCCUAACAAGGGCGUCCGCGUCUGGCUCGGAACCUACAACACCGCCGAGGAGGCAGCUAGGGCAUACGACGCCGAAGCUCGCAAGAUCCGCGGCAAGAAAGCGAAGGUGAAUUUUCCCGAUGACGCGACAGGCACUCGUCACAGGCCAACGACCGAUGAGAUCUUUAACAACCUGAAGAACGACGACAACAACAACAACGAUGAUCUGUUUGCGAUGUUUGCGUUCGGUGACAAUAAGAAGAAGGUUCCUGCAGCGAAGCCAGCCGCCGCCGAGGGUGGCAGUGGCAGUGGCAGCUUCCUCGUCCCUGCGCCUGCGGUGGCGGUGGUGCCCGGUAAUAAGAGGAGGUCGUCCGCGACCAACACUAUGCUCUCCGUCUCCGACGACCAGCGCAGCAACUCCUACGGCUCCGGCUCCUCCGACUUGGUGGGGUCGUGGUCGUGGGACGACGACGCGGCGGCCGCCGCCAUGACCUCGGACUACACCUCCUCGGUCUUCGCUCCCGAUAACGCCGUGCUGCCGGCGGCGUCUUACACGCAAGGCGGAGCGCCGAAGAGAAUGAGGAGCAGCUACGGCGGCGCGCCGCCCAGCCUCGCACAUGACGCGGCCAUGCCUGGCUUUGGCCUUGAUAAAGUGAGCUACCACCACUACCAGGCGUUGCCUCCUUAUUACGUCGGGAGCAGCAACGCGUCGGUGGGCAACCUCGGUCUUCUGCAGCAGGCUGAUGAUGCUCCAGCUCCACAGGAUGGGGCGAGCGCCGGGGAUAUCUGGAGCCUCGACGAGCUGCUCAUGCUGGCAGCAGCUGGUGCUUAUUGAGAACCGCAAGAAAAAAAAAAUGUGUUGGCGCUGCUAGCUGGAGACGAGACGAGAGGGCGAGAGGCAGUUGCAUCCGCCAUCCGCUAUCGUUUUGUCUCUCCUAUAUCUAGUAUAUAUAUGCUUCUGGCAGUCGAACUCUAUGGCAAUGCGUGUGUAUAGUGUGUUGCUGCCGUCUAUGAUUGGAAGCGAGCUCGAGACUGGUUCAAUAAUUCACCUUUGCCUACCGUCGUACCGCCGGCCUGCUGGACUGUAGUGUGCGUACUGCAUAUAUAUGCCAUAGUUAUGUAUGCACUCCUCCUAUAUAUACUAUAUAUUAUUA